GCUGCAGAAGCAGCCUCCUGCAGCACUCAGCUGUGCGAGAAACCUACAGUGCCGAGCGAGCAAGGAAGGAGGAUAAAUAGUAAGGUGCCUCUGACUGACGCAUAAUUCUGGCCCAUGCUGCUGCAAACUACAGGACAUCGUAACACUCAAAUAUUCAACUCCGCAUACCUUGUUGUGUUAGUAGGGCAAUAUACUGUUAUUUACGUACUUAUUAAUAUUUAUUUUGAUAAAAAAAAAGGACCGCCUUUAAUAUUGGAGUAUUAAUUGCUGCUGCUUUUAUUUAUUUAUAUUUCAAUAUAAGAAAACAAAAAAACUAAAAACACUGGUGUACAGCACAAACCCGUUUAAUAUUUAUAGUGUUUUAAGAGACGGCUGCUGCACCUGCAUCGAUUGCCACUUCGCAUCCCCGGGAGGAAGGAGAGACUCUCAGCGCUAAUAUCAUUUAUAUUUGCUGAAGGGUUGUAACCAUGCCGUGCAGCCUGUGGCUUUCUCUGUCCCUUUGCUGAGGCGCCGGUUUUCGCAUCAUGGAUACUUGUCUGUUCGCUUUUCUAGAAUCCCAAAGUAACCGUAUUGUAAAUGGAGGAAGACAUUGACACCCGCAAAAUCAACAACAGUUUUCUUCGCGACCACAGCUAUGCAACGGAAGCUGACAUAAUCUCCACUGUCGAAUUCGACCACACAGGAGAGUUGCUCGCGACAGGGGACAAGGGAGGGCGGGUGGUAAUAUUCCAGCGAGAGCAGGAGAGUAAAAACCAGCCUCACAGAAGAGGGGAGUACAAUGUCUACAGUACCUUUCAGAGCCAUGAGCCAGAGUUCGAUUACCUGAAGAGCUUGGAGAUCGAGGAGAAGAUCAACAAAAUCAGGUGGCUUCCUCAGCAGAACGCUGCAUACUUCCUGCUGUCUACAAACGAUAAAACAGUCAAACUCUGGAAGAUAAGUGAAAGAGAUAAAAGACCAGAAGGUUAUAAUCUCAAGGAUGACGAUGGCAGAAUUCGAGAUCCUUCCACAAUCACAACGCUACGGGUACCUGUACUGCAGCCCAUGGACCUCAUGGUUGAAGCUACGCCCAGGAGGGUAUUUGCCAACGCACACACAUAUCAUAUCAACUCCAUAUCCGUCAACAGCGACUACGAGACCUACAUGUCUGCAGAUGACUUGAGGAUCAAUCUCUGGAAUCUGGAAAUAACCAACAGGAGCUUUAAUAUUGUCGAUAUAAAGCCUGCCAACAUGGAGGAGCUAACAGAGGUGAUCACAGCCGCAGAGUUCCACCCCAGCCAGUGCAACACCUUUGUCUACAGCAGCAGCAAGGGCACCAUCCGGCUGUGUGACAUGAGAGCGUUGGCACUGUGCGACAAGCACUCCAAAUUCUUUGAAGAGCCAGAGGACCCCAGUAAUAGAUCCUUUUUCUCUGAAAUAAUCUCCUCGAUUUCGGAUGUCAAAUUCAGUCACAGCGGGAGGUACAUGAUGACACGGGAUUACCUCACAGUCAAGGUCUGGGACCUAAACAUGGAGAACAGACCUAUAGAGACAUACCAGGUGCAUGAUUAUCUAAGGAGUAAGCUGUGUUCACUCUAUGAAAACGACUGCAUAUUUGAUAAAUUCGAAUGCGUCUGGAAUGGAUCUGACAGCGUUAUAAUGACCGGCUCUUAUAACAACUUCUUCCGAAUGUUUGAUCGCAAUACCAAACGGGACGUGACUCUGGAGGCUUCGCGAGAGAACAGCAAGCCAAGAGCCAUCCUGAAACCUCGCAAAGUGUGCGUGGGAGGGAAGAGAAGGAAGGACGAGAUCAGCGUGGACAGCCUGGAUUUCAGCAAGAAGAUCCUGCACACCGCCUGGCACCCUUCAGAGAACAUUAUAGCCGUGGCCGCCACUAACAACCUAUAUAUAUUCCAGGACAAAGUGAAUUAGGAUUCUUCUGUAUUCCAUCACUACCAACUUUAAUGGCUAAUUAAUAAAUAUUGGAUUUUUUGAUUUUUUUUUUUUUGAUUUUUUAAAAAAUUUCAUCACUUCUUUUUUUUUUUUUUGCGUUAUAGUCUGGAGUUAAUAAAACAUUGGGGGUGAUCAUUCUAAUACAGGAGGACUUGUGUUUUUAAAAAAAUGUAAUCAGUAAAAACAACCUCAGUGCCACAAAUCCAACACUCCUGUUUUGAUGAUACUGCUGGUCUGUUGAUUAAAAAAAAAAAAAAAAAAAUGGAUUUUGUUUUUCUCUGCACAACCGCCAAUAUUUAUUUUCACACA